UCUUUUUCCUCCCGCUGCCUCCGUUCCCCGUUCCGCGCCGCCCUCCCGUUCUCCUCGCUCCGCCCGUUCUGGAUUCAAAUUUCGAAUCCCCCCACCGUUUCCGCCCCCCUGCACCAAAUACCCGACCCGAUUCCUUUUCCUCCCCCCUCCCACCAUGAGUGACGCACCCGGCGCAGCAGCCUCAGCUAUGGGCAGCGGCAGGGAGCUCGCCAACCCGCCGUCGGACGGCAUCUCCAACCUCCGCUUCUCCAACCACAGCGACCACCUCCUCGUUUCCUCCUGGGACAAGACGGUUCGGCUGUACGACGCCGAGGCGAACCUGCUCAAAGGGGAGUUCGCGCACCCCGGGCCUGUGCUCGACUGCUGCUUCCACGACGACUCCUCCGGGUUUAGCGCUGGCGCCGACCACACCGUUCGGAGAUUAUCAUUUACUUCGUCAAAGGAGGAUGUUCUGGGGCGUCAUGAUGCUCCAGUUCGCUGUGUGGAGUACUCUUAUGCUGCAGGCCAAGUCAUAACUGGCAGCUGGGACAAGACAAUUAAAUGCUGGGAUCCCAGAGGAGUUAGCGGACCAGAGCGUACACUUGUUGGGACAUAUGCUCAACCAGAGCGUGUAUAUUCUAUGUCACUGGUAGGAAAUAGGUUGGUUGUUGCAACAGCAGGAAGACAUGUCAGUAUUUAUGAUUUGCGCAAUAUGUCUCAACCUGAGCAAAAAAGGGAAUCCUCUUUGAAAUAUCAAACACGCUGUGUCCGAUGUUUCCCCAAUGGAACAGGGUAUGCUCUAAGUUCUGUCGAAGGACGAGUCUCUAUGGAGUUCUUCGACCUUUCCGAGUCUGCACAAUCUAAAAAGUAUGCUUUCAAGUGUCACCGGAAAUCUGAAUCUGGCAGGGACACUGUUUAUCCUGUCAAUGCCAUUGCAUUCCACCCAAUAUACGGCACAUUUGCCACUGGAGGCCAUGAUGGAUUUGUGAAUGUGUGGGAUGGCACAAACAAGAAGAGAUUGUAUCAGUAUUCAAAGUACGCGUCAAGCAUUGCUGCUCUGUCGUUCAGCAAGGAUGGGCAUCUGCUUGCUGUGGCAUCAAGCUAUGGUUACGAAGAGGGAGAGAAACCCCACGAGCCUGAUGCAAUAUUUAUCCGUGGGGUGAAUGAAGUGGAGGUUAAGCCGAAGCCCAAGGCAUUGGCCGCACCCCAGUAGUGCUGCAAUCAUUUCGCCAGAAGGCAGUCAAAUGCAUCAGGUGUGUUGUCUGGAGAAGACAUUAUGCAGGGAGCAAAUGAGAGGCGUUUCUUUAUCUAGUUCACCUUUUAGUGUCAAUUGCAUUAGUUGACGGAAUCCCUUCUCUAUGUUGGAGUCAGAUUGCAGUAUAUCUGACCAUUUCUCUGUUGUUUCGCAUGUAUUAAUGUCUAGAAAGAGUUGCUUGGGAGUGGUCGUAUUCGUUUUAUAUUUUGAUACAGAAACUGUUGCUUUUUUAUUUAGCUUAUGUAUAGUCGAUUUAGUCUUGCAACUUUAGUAUAUACUAUAUCAUAAAAGAGGCUAAAUCUGUCGCACUUGUGGGCGGUA